AUGGCGCUGCCACGCGACACCAAGGACGUCAUUUUGGAUCUUGCCUUGCACACAAUGACAACGCGCACCUACAAAGCUCCGGCGUCCAUGUCCGCGCUCCUUGCUGCUCCCAAAGGCGCCACUGAGCACUACGACGGCGAGGCGUUCCUUCUCCACGUGUUUUGGCGCGCUCCCGACCUCGACGCAGCCCGGCGGCUCCUCGCCGCCCUCGCUGCCUGCGCCCGCGCCACGCACCGCGACACGCCGUGCGUGCCAACCUACUUUUUCCGCCUCUCGCCCAUGUUCCCGCCCACUCCCGUGGCCUUGACGGCCGGCGAGCACCCGUGGCUGAGCGGCGCCGUCAAGAAGCUGCAGGUCGGCGUCCAUCGCGCCGCCGUCGAGGCCGACUUGCGCAAAUACGGGCUCGACAUGGAUCACUUGGACUUGUCCCCGCACGCGCCGUUGCCGGAAUCGCUGCAGCGGUCGCCGGUCUGGGUCGAGUUCACCGAGGUGUACCUGGACGAGCGCGCCUUCAUUGAGCACGCCGGCUCGCGCGACUACUUGGACGCGUACGGGCGCAUAAUGGACCCGGCGUGCAUGCUCGGGGCGCCGACGACGAUGCGCCUCGGCGACCCGGUCGAGUCAGUCGUGGCGAUUCUGGAGCCAAUCCUCAAGGAGCGCGUGGCGCCCAUGGACCCGCGCUUGUCGUUGUGGCGAGCCCCGACCUCGACGGAGCGCCCCGCCUUUGUCUCGCUCGACUUUGCCACGUGCGACCCAGCCCAAGUUGCCGUACCGCCGCUCUGGGCGGCACUGUGCACGACGUGCGUGGUCUUCCAGCACCCGGUUUGCGACGGCCGGACGCGGCUGCUGAGCGUCCUCGCCCACGCACCGGACCUCGCCGCGCUUCAAUCUGUGGCCGCGCUCGCGCCGGUGGCCGGCCAAGUGCACGUCGAUGGCCCGCCCGAGGACAUGGUCGCAUUGUUGGAGGCAGCAGGGCUCUCGAGCAUUAUUGAAGUGAACGGAGAAGCCGUCGGGCACGUUUUGCACGAACGCGCACCAGAGCUGCGUGCCGUCGCGUCGUACAGCGAGUAGA